AUGGCUGAGGACCCUUCUCUAGCCCUCAGCAAUUUUUAUGCUAUAUACUCGAAAAGGGAAAAUUCGCCGUCAUUAGAGGAUUUGCGCAUCAUCUUUCACUAUGCCGUCGCGUCGGUGAGAUAUUUUGUUUUCUUACUUAUAUUUAUUGUUUGUCGCCCCAUUUUCGUUCAUCUUAACGGUCUGUUUGGUCACUUGGAUGUUCGCCGUAGAGCGCUUGGGGACGCAGAGGUUGCAUCUACCGACAGGCGUCCAUAUGCGGGGAUUGGAAAGCGUGUUACGAUUGAUGCGAGGAGUUAGGGGGAGAUUUUGAAAGUCCCAAUUGUUAUUACCGAGUCGCGAGGUGUCAAAUCGGUGGGAUCCUACAUGACUGAGCCUGGAUUAUCAGUAGUCAGCGAGCCGUGGACGCAGAUCCUCGUAGGUAACGUCCAUCUCGAUAUGGCGGCUGCUGCUGUUUGUGUUGGAGUGCCAAGUUUCGACGCUUUUUCGCGCCUUUUUGGUGUUAGCAUUGGCGAUCGCUUUAAUUCCGUCUCAAUUAAAGCGGUGAUCGCACUCAAGAGCGUGCGCAAACACGAUAGACAAGGAAUGCUGUUGGCGGAUAACCAACGUAUGUUAGUUAACAUGCUCUCAAUUGUCUGGCCAGGUGGUAUUGAAGAAAACAGGCCAACCACAUUAAAUGAUAGAAUGCUUUUACCAGGGCUUAUUUUAAGAUCUUUUGAUGAGAUGCCUGAGAAUCUUCGACGCUAUAUUGUGGCCCAUUGGUGAGGUGCUUCGGGUGCCUGUAUAGCCAUUUGACAAGGUCGCAGGUGGACGGCUCACUGAGUUGCACCAUUAUCGUCGGUGGUGCGUCGGGUUUGUGACCCUUUCGAAGGCCAUUUAUAUGUGCGAAGGUCUACAUUCACUGCCCUGUCUUAAGGUUGCCUGCGCUUGCUCGCCCUGAUGGGAAUUCGAACUCGAAUUGAGUUUAAAGACGCCUAAGUUGUCCGAGUUUGGCAUAUCCAGCCUUUCUUCCGCAAUGCAGUUCGCAUGUUCCAACUCUCCUCGCUACCCCCACUUCUUGCUCACUGCAAGACUGCAACAACUGUCCCCCGACCGUGCUUUUUCAUUAAUCACUGCAGAAAUAGGUGAUUAAGAAAUAUUAGUUUUAUUUUACAACGUCGUUCGAUCGAUGAAAAGUGGCGCGGAGACCACACCAUGGAUCGUAAUAUUUAAAUCGGACAAUUCAUUAGAUUUCUUAGAUGUUUUGGCACUGGUGCAUCCCAAACAGCCGCUCGGAUCGUUCUUUCAAGAUUGUCUCUUCUGGCGUUUUGACCCAAGAACCUAACCUCAGGGCAACGAUGGCCAGCAAGCCUGUCUACUGACGGCUCUUGACCAGCAUAUCGCUGCCGCCAUGGGGCUUUACGGCGUUAUAAAGUAGUCGUCGUGCUAGACCUUAGCACGCUACGCCCUGGUGGCAGUAAUCUUGAUGGUGUCUACUUUUCACUCAGACGCCUACUGACCGAUCUCGAAUACGCCGAGGAUAUUGUCCUGCUAACCUGAAGCUCCGGUGAUCUACAGUCUGUGGUAUUACGGGCGAAUGCAGUUGCUAAAAUCGAUUAAUUUUUCCGUAAAGGUCGGAAGGACCAAAGUGUGAAGAAGAAGAAGAGUCGAGUACCGAAACACUUCGUUUAUUGUCCUGAGCUUUCAGACUCGUACAGGAGUCCAUCGUCAGAGGUAGUGGCAGAAACAGGACAAGCGGCAGUUAUAAGGCACGUAAACCCAAUCAUCGACCGACGUCGCACGACUGGAGGUGACUACGCAGGACUUUGUACGCCGGCGCCAGAUCGAUAAAUCGAUUGACCGAGUUCUCAUCCGAGACCCAGGCUUCAAUCAAUUCUCGGCCUGUUUUGUUUCCGGCGUGGGCGACUAUUUGGUGGCUGCGAAGUUAAACUCGUGACCCAUUUCGUAGGUUUGGGCGGCCACUUGUGAUAAUGCGUCGCCUCGCCGCAUCCUCGACCAGUCAACUUGAUGAAGUGAACGGUUUCAAAUACCUCGGGAUGAAGGUACUGUCAAAUGAGCAGAAUUAGAACGACAUCGUAUCCCAACUGGAUUCUGCUCACGGGAUUGGGGUUCUUACCGUGUCGUCAAUGAGAAAGUCUAGUCCCCAGACUCCUUUUGGUUUCCGACUGCAGAGUCGUCGAUUCAGUUACCAGGUCGUGCAGGCAGGACCUUCGAGAUAGGGGGAGAAUGCUAGUAUUUACUUCUGGGCCCGCGCCGUGAUGUACCGUUUAUUGUCUUUCGUAUCCCAGUUGUGCUUAGCGGUCCAUUGUUUGUUUUACCGCUCACUUUUUUAGUUGGUGCGCGACCCAGAUUGUCUCAAAUUCCUGAACUCUGAUGAUCGGGAGAGGCUGAUUAAAAAUGAUUGUGGUCCUGUUCCCUUCAAAACCAAACUGGAGGGCUACCCUCGCUCUCCUCUUUAUUCGCACAUAGCCAACUAUUUGGCAUUGAUAUCCAUGAGUGGGUAGGUUUCCAGUCAAAUAGAGCUUCAUUUCCUUCCUAAGGACCUGUCCUGUCUUUAAACAGCCCAAAUUUGAAACCCUGAAUGAAUGGAAUAACUCGAUGUAUCGGUAAGUCAUCUGCGUACUAUGAUUUGCAUUUUUUAUAUCUGGGUCUCCAGAGUGGACUGCGAUGUUGAGUCUGAAUUGUUACUGGGCAUAUUGGCGAUAAGAGUGUGUCUGACUUUGCGUCCUAUUUACUCUCUACAACAAGUCUGUCACGCGCAAAAAUUCUUGCCCCACAAGGUUGCCGACGUCUGUCGGGAUAAAUUGCUCCGCCGGACUUACUUUGCUCUUGCUGCGACUGUGACAAUGUCGUGUGACGAUCACAGGCAGUCAGUCAGGUGCGUCCAAUUCAGUGACGGACAUCGAGUACCGAAGGCCUAAGAACUACCUCCAUGCCUUGGAGGAUGCGUUUGGCCAAGUUUUGAGUUCACCUGCUAAAGGACCUUCGGUACUAGUUCAGGCGACAGAGAAUGCAUCCGAAUCACCCACACGUAAUACGGCCGCAGAAUAACAUUACUGGCGCAUGAUAUAUAGGCAGAAUGAUAUUACCGACAAAGACAAGGGAGACUGGAAUGGCCAUUUCUGGCUUAUUAGCCGUCGUCAGCCAGCCAUACCCAAGCCCGAAGUGUGGAACACCCGAGCCUCGAACUCGCGACCUGUUGGUUUAGAAGUCAACGCCUCUACUCACCGGGCCACGAGCCCGUUGCCCUGUCGGUUUUCAAUCGGGAAUAUACAAUGCUAGGGGGCGCUCACCGAUCGUUCAUACGGAACUCACUCGUUCCGUUGUGCCUUAAGGGCUCUCUCUCGAGCCCAACCAGCAGCCGCACGGCGGCGCAUGAUAUAUAGGCAGAAUGAUAUUACCGACAAAGACAAGGGAGACUGGGAUGGCCAUUUAUGGCUUAUUAGCCGUCGCCAGCCAGCCAUACCCAACCCCAAGGUUUGUAACUCUUGGGGCUCUAUCCCGCGACCUGCUUGUUAGAAGUUCAACACCCCUUAACCACUGAGCUACGGGCUCCUUGUUCUGUCGGUUGCGGUCGGAUAUACGCAUUGGUUGAGGGACGCUCACCUACCAUGUCACGGAACUCAUUCGUUGCGUUAUGCCCUGGGGGCUCUCUCUCUCUCUCGAGCCGCAAUAUGGAUUGGCUGACAAGACGGAUGACCGUAGAUUAAUACAGCACUAUUCCGUGAUGUGAGGAGGACGGCGUAGACGGGGAAGGGACAUCCUACACAUCCGCAGAGUUCAUUGACGCUGACUACUCUCCAUGCGAUGUUAAGGGGCGUUGGAAUUCUAACCAAGAGGUCGCGGGAUCGAGUCCUAGAUGUUCCACGCUUCGUAGUUGGAUAUGGCUGGCUGACGACGGCUAAUAAUCCAGAAGUGGCCAUUCCAAUCUACCUUGUCUUUGUCGGCAAUACCAUUUUGCCCAUAUUAUGCGUCGCUGUGGGGCUGCUGGUUGGGCCAUAGAGAGAGUCCUAAGGCACAACAGGAUGAAUGAGUUCUUUAAAAACGAUCGGUGAGCGUCCCUCUGCCAUUGUAUAUUCCCCAUCGCAGCCGGCAGGACAACUAGCCCGUGGCCCAGUGGUUAGAGGCGUUGGACUUCUAACCAACAGGCCGCGAGAUCGAGCCCCAAGUGUUCCACUCUUCAGGGUUGGGUAUGACUGGCCGACAACGGUUAAUCUGCCAAAAGUGGCCAUUCCAGUCUCCCUUGUCUUUGUCGGUAACGCUAUUCCGCCCAUAAUAUGCGCCGCUGUGUGGCUGCUUGGGGCUCGAGAUAGGACCCCAAGGCACAACGGAACGAGUGAGUUCUGUAACGCGAUCGGUGAGCGCCCCUCUAGCACUGAUUGUGAACUUUCUGAUUUGAGACGAGAUCGGUGUUCUUCAUUCGGAGGAUGGUUCCCCAGGCAACGGUGGCCAACCGUGUCCAGUGCUCGCUCACCUUCCAUCUCGACAACCUAACAUACACAUCUAUCGACACGCCGAGUACUCAACAGGAGUCCUUUGGCUUAAGCCGUCCUGCUAGAUCUGGCGGUCAGUCUACUUCUAGUUCAGUCGUCGCUCUAUGUCUCCUCGACCUCCUUGAACAUCUAGUCUGCUGCUUUGUUCCAGAGAGCCUAAGAACAAACAUAGCCGGUGGUACACUCGUGUGUCAAAAAUUGACCCCUUACUAAGAAUACCCCCCCCCCGCCCCCACCUGGAUCAGAACAAUCAGCCCUUUUGACAUUAAAAAAAUCAAACAACGACACAACGAAUCGAAUGCUUCAUAUUGACCCAACUGUGAAAAACUCGGCGCCUCAGUGAGAUUCGAACCCACGCAGUAAGGAAAAGGCUUUAGUGCAGCCAACGCUCUAACCACUUGAGCUACGAGGCCCCGCCGACGACUCGAUUUUAAUCACAUUUGGGUCAAGUUUACCCGCCCAACCUACUGCAACGUCUGCAAUCCACCAAAUCUGAUACAGUAAGUUGACUGCCCAAGCAGGAUUUCCUAAGUAAUUCACCUAGAAUCCACCAGAUGACUACCAGGCUUACGUAAUACAUGGAUGUUUUGGCAGAUUUUGAAUAAUUCAUAUUGACCCAACUGUGAAAAACUCGGCGCCUCGGUGGGAUUCGAGCCCACGCAGUAAGGCGAAGGCCUUGGUACAUUCAACGCUCCAAUCACUUGAGCCACGAGGCCCCGCCGGACGACUCGAGUUUAAUCACAUUUGGGCGGGUAAACUUGACCCAAAUGUGAUUAAACUCGCGUCGUCCGGCGGGGCCUCGUAGCUCAAGUGGUUAGAGCGUUGGCUGUACUAAAGCCUUCUCCUUACUGCGGGGGUUCGAAUCCCACCGAGGCGCCGAGUUUUUCACAGUUGGGUCAAUAUGAAUUAUUCAAAAUCUGCCAAAAUACCUAUGAAUCGAAUGCGGCUGCUGCAGUCAAACAGAUAACGCUUGGCGUCUGUUGGGUGGUGUUGACCUAGAGCCCACGUGGAGCUCUUUGGGGUGUGUUAGUGAAUUUUCAACUCGCCAUCACCGUCAUCGUCGAACCGAACCUGAGAGCUGAGCCGUUUGCACUGCACAGGAGCAAGCAGGUUUCAAAAACAGUGUCGUUGGUGCAGGGGCGGCGUGUUUGCGUGCGUCAGUAGGCGGGAAGCGUGCAGAUGCGUGAUGUGUGUGCACGACUCCCACAGCUGGCCGUGCUGUCGGACUAAAACGAGGAGCGAAAUUGACUCGCGGGGCUCGUUUGUCUGGCUGUGCAGAGUUCGGGCGAACCUACAAGUACUGCUGUGUAUGUGUGUGGGACGCCCUAGAUGUAGGCCUUCCGGCCUAUCCUCCAAAUCUCACCACCAGCUGGGCGACAGGCUAGGACAGUCGACGGGCGCAUGGGAAAUGAAAGAGUGGGAGAAAGAGUGAGGCUGGCACUGUUUAAUCCACCCCCAGGCCACGCUAGCGCAUCCGUCAGUAAGAAAUCUGACGUCAUUGAGCCAGUCACGGCGUGUGAUCCAGCACACUUCGUUCGAAGUUUAACUGCUCCACCCAGACUACUCGACUUAUUUCAGUAAUGCACCUUGAUUCAUUCCCAACUUCGCCACACCAUGCAUACAUUAACACGUCCUAGUGUUCAUGGGACAGUUGCAUGCCUGUUGCAUGUAAUUCUUCAGCAAAUCUUCCUCCCACCUUUAUGUGUUGGUGUUUUUCUGCGGCACUAUUGUAACCAAUAGGGAGUUCGGAGGCGUUCGCCUACCUUUCCCUUAAUGAGACUGAACUGCCAGGGAUCAUGGCAGCUGACGGGAUAGUGCAGGCUACAAUAACUCUCUAAUGGGGCCUCAACAGAAGCCCGUUGGGCCAAAUCGCUUGCGACAAGUCCAGACGGGUUGUUUAACUUUCUCUGCCGCUGCACCAGAGCUUGCGUCUGAUCGUCUGGUCAUCGCCUUGUCAUCAGAGCAAGGCAGGUGGGGGAGAAGAGAGUGCGGCAGAUGCAGCUCAAGUCUGCCCACUCCGCGGGGAGCGCCUGAUGAGCGUCGUUGUUCGCGUCUGUCGAGCUAUCGUGUGGGAUUGUACGGGUCCGUAUGCUUAGCCUGGUACAAGUGUGAAUCACAUCCUUUGUGACUGUUUAGUUUCGUCAUUCACUGUUACCACACCUAUCUCCGGCUGUAUUGACUUUGUCUCGCCAUCGGAGCAAGUCGGGUGAGGGACAAGAGGGUGCGGUUGGUGCAACGCAAGUUCUAUCUCACUAAUUGACGCGCCAGUCACCGCUACUUAGAAGAAGGCGAGGGGAACGUGGUCGUCUUUUACGACCGUCAAACAUGGAUCCGUCAUUUUUGUUGUUUUAUGACGGACACGUUCGACUGGUGAUGCGAAAGAAGCCACACACGAGCUUCACCGGGUUGGGUUGAGGAGAGGUAACGCAUUUGUAAGCAAUAAGUGGGCGGGUUUUGCUGUUUUUUUUUCGAUGAGCGCGAAGGACCGAAAACCCUUGUAGUAGGCAUCGCCACCAACACAACGGUUGAUGUCUGCAUCAGAGUACCAAAUCUGGCGAGAUUAUCGCGGCCGGAUUUGUCAUGAGUUGUAAGUCACUGUAAACCGGAUUAACACAUAGUUGUACGGGUCUUCGGCAGGACCUAUCAUUAUCUGACUCUGACCAUCAGGGGACGUAUUAUUCUGAUAUCAACACCGCUAAAUUGAACAUUUUUUAUUCACCUUCACCGCUAAUGACUGUGCUGUUGGUAUGGUAUCACCUUACCCUAAAGUAUACUACUAGCUGCCUGUCGGCGGUUAAUGAAUAUUACACGAUUACCCGCUGUGGCUGAUGGACUUUGGCCCAAAUAUUCAUGUAUAAAAUUCUCGGUCUGAGCUUAUAGACCAUGAAUAAACUGAUCUACUGCAACUUCGUAAAUUUCUGAGAAAAUUAAGGAGCGACAAUUUCUAAAUUGGAGUAUCUACCAGAAAACACACGGGGAAUGCUAGGGGACCCACUGACAAGCCGAACCCCUCGCAGCUGCGCCAUGCAGCGGCGAAACACGCGUGUAUGGGCUUUUGGCUAGUACCUGUGCUGUUAAUAUGGUAUCACCUUACUCUAAACGUCGUAUUUCUUGCGCAUGUCAUUUUGAGAAUCAUGUCUCAAUGCUCAUGUUAAAGGUAACGCUCAGAUGCAUUAUUUACGAGUUAUUUUCCUCUUUACUCUAGGAUUGAUCGCCUCCAACGGAUCUUAGAGCUGGCCCAACCCAUCCCACAGAUGCUCAAGUACUGGACUUUUGAACGGUUCCGUCGAAGAGUUGAGCUUCUUCUGGGAGUGAGUUCGCAAGCUAGGCGCCUGCUUUUCCUGGAGCUGUCUGUUGUUUAGGUUCUGCAGAAUCAUUGUAGUCUGCGAGUAGACUUGCUUUGUAGUAACUGCUUCUGUGAUAUGCAAACUGUCAAUCGCAGUAUCGACAUCCCCCCUGUCUACCGAGCCGUGCGUCACUGCCCGGAGUAAAUGGAGAUUUUGAUAUCUUAGUGCCAUAUCCACCAAUUGGCGACCGUCCACUAACCAUGAACGCUGGCAAUGAAUUAAAGAAGGGUCGAUUUACGCCCCUGUAUGGGGAACUCAUCAUUAAGUUACGCAUUUAUAUACCCCUGUCAUCUGGUCAUUUUCGGAUGAUGGACGCAACUUAAUUGCCAGCGGUUCGGGUACCAACGGACGAGGUUGCACUACAAGUAGGGUGGUUAUUCCUGACUGGCACAUUUUGCGCGCCUCUCUCCAACCGGAACUUGCUACUUUUUCAGAUUCUUGGAAAGAGGGGCAUGCUGGAUCUUUUGCAAAUGAGGAAGACCGUCGGCUCUCGCGACGUCUUCCCAUUCACGCGUGAAGAGAUUAUCGAGUCCGGAAAGCAAUUGCAUCAGUAUGUGGGCAUAUUUUCCGUAAUUCAUUUUCUUCCCCGUUCCCUUCUACCACUGUCACCACCACCACCACCACCACCACCACCACCACCACCACCACCACCACAUCAACGAUCUUUGUGCUAUUUUAAAAUUAGUAAAAAGUCCAAUGCUAACGCACACAUACAGUUAACUCGUCUGACAUUGCGAUGCUGUCAUAACGUCUGGCCAAUCUCUGACAGCGAGGUCCAGUGUGCUGUCCGACCAAUUACAUCCAUCCAAAAUGUCCCAUCAACUCACGCGGGCACGCUGGCACUCAAUUCUCCCGGAAGCCUGUGCUUGACAGUCGUAGUAGUUUAGGCCUGCCCAUGCCUUAAACCGCUGUGGUAUCCUCAUCUGCCAAGAAUCUGUCUUUGAGGCGCCGGGGUUGUGGCUGUCAAUAAACUGACUGCAGGGUAUUUCACAAAAUGAGGGCUUUGACUGUGCUCUAGGCCAGAAAAGCACGCUUAGGUAUCUGUUAAAUGUUGAUCGUCGUGCUUGUUUUUAAGGUGUAUACAGUCGACCCCCGGUAUUCUCGGGGGUUAGGGACUACAGACCCUCGCGAAUGCUUGGGACCCCUCUUAAAACUCGUGUAGCUGCCUGUUUUAAUGUUCCAAAACCAAAUAUACCUUAAACUCCCAUCCUUAAACACUUUAAUAUUAUUUCAAAGUCAUCUUUCAACACUAAUCUUAAAAAUAUGUGACUUAAAACUACGCGUGAACACCUGCAAGUGCUACACUUACUAGGACGAAAAGUAAUCAAGUCACCCCUAUAUUCGGGCACGCACAUUUUCUUUUAUACAAUAUUCAAGCCUUGACGGUUUUUUUAUAACGUACGAUGAUGAUGACGACCAUGAAGGAUUAGCUGUGCAAACCGGUAAAAAAAACGAUAAAGAUAUGACUACAGAUCAAAACACAGCGGUUUCGGGAGACCUUGGGGUUCCUUCUUCAUGAGUUCGAGAAUCAUGGCGUUUCUGCCUCGUCAUGGUGAGAGGGAGAUUAUUAUGGGUUCCUUUGCGCGCAUCAAGAAGACAUUAUGGAGCCCUCCAUAUAAGGAUUCCACGCCCAAAUGAUCUCCUGCAGGUCCAUAGACGUUCCAAAGUCAGACCCUCCUCCACGUCCCCUAAACAUGCCCUGUCUUCUUCGGUGGUAGACUUUGUCAGCUCGUCCAAAUCCCGGUCGGUCAAGGGGUCAGAGCGGGUAUCGAGGUUGACGACUUCAGCCUCGGGGACGUCGUUGAGGCCGCACUCCACCAAGCCCUCUGACUGCCUUAUAAAUAAGCGAACUUUGAAUUUCUUCUGGAGAUAAGCUCUUAUAAUUGUGAAUACGCUCCGGCCACAGCUUCUUCCAGUAUGCAUUAAGGGUUUCUUUCUGCACAUGCCUCAACGAUCGGCCGAUGAGCGUCAGACCUGUGGCAAUCGUGAAUUUACGCCAAUACUCCCUCAGUGUAAACUCGUUGUCAGUGUCCAUUCCCCUCAACAAGGUGCUCGAGCGAGUUCCGGAUGUAGCGUGCCUUGAAGGCACGCAUCACACCCUGAUCUCUAUAGACUGGAGCAAAAAGGUGGCGUCCCCAGGGGGGGGGGGAGGGUGCUCGAGCCCAGCUACCUCGUGCUAAAGGUCCACAAGAUGGCCACGUGCACUAUUCAUAAGCAACAACACCUCGAACUCCAUGUACAAAUCGUUGAGUUAGUCCUUAUCUUGAAGAAUGAGGCUCUGAAUGAACUGGUUAGACGUAAGGAAUUUGAUGACCCAGGCUUUGGCGUUGUGCUUCCAGAACACGGGCAGUAAGUUUUUGUCAUUGCCAAUAGUUGCGGACAAAGCAAAUACGUCGGAGAAACCGGAAGACAGCUCCGAACGAGAAUGGCCGAACACGCUGCAGCGGUGCGGGUAAAUGACGCCAGCUCUCAAGUUGCGGUUCAUUCGACGAGAUCCGGCCACGCAUUCAAAUUCGACGAGGCCGAAAUUUUCGCAAGAGGUGACGACCGCAUGAGUCAGUAGCUGCUUGAGUCAUGGUUUACUGGCCCCCCAGUCCGUUAACAAGUGCAAUGACCUUCCCCUUCCAUACUCAGCGCUGAGAGUUCGUCUACGCGGGGUAAUUAGCCACGCCGGAAGCGCAUAGGUGGACACUUUUCCCAACGCCAGGGUCGGUGGAUCAGACGGUCAACCAAUCAUCAUACCAAUCCCCAACGCACGUGAUGAAAUUGCUGCAAUUAACGACGCGAAUGUCGGCCAUCAAACAAUUAACACAUCAAGUGCGACGAUCACGGAUGAUGGGGGGAGCCGUGAAUGUUCAUAGGUAUGCGGUAGCAUGGCGACUGUAUCCCAUAAAUACUGCAGCCCCUUGUGCAUUAUCCACCCGUAUCUUCUUUUGUCUGAUGAUGGGCUCGAGCGGGAAUCCGAAACGUCAGGCUAAUAAAGCUAUUGUACGAGCGAUCGUGUCUCCUUCAAAUAAGUUUUUGUUCCUACUCUUGAGGGCCGCGGGAUUCGAAGCCUAGUUUUAUCAUGGAUCCAGCAUCACUGUCACACGUGAUGAAAUUAAUCCGGAGCUUUAUGUUUGGAAUUUGCGUAUCGCUUGACGAACGCUUUUUAGGAAAAAAGUCAUUUUAUUGGUACUUUGAUGUGUUUACACCAACAUUAAUAUUUGUAAAUUAACAAAUCCGUUAUUUUUCAGGUGUGGUUAUGUAGCCCUACCUGAAGUAAACAGACCCCAGCCACCUGUAAUAUGGGACCGUUGGUAAUAGGGGUUUUUACAGGUGGGACCGGGAAACGCACAAGCGACGAGGUCAAGUAUUUUUAUGCGAAGAAAAGCUAUUUGGAAUGCACGUUGUACUUUGAGUGGUUGGGGAAUAGUUGCCCUAACCACUAAUCCCAGUGCUGACCCCUGACACCAACCUUAACUCCUAACCCCUAACUCUAACCCCAACCCUAAUAGUAUUGUGUCCAUCGGUUGGGGCUACAUAACCACGUCUUCUCCCCUUUGCAUCAUAAAAGAUGUAUUAAGUCACAAAACCAAGUCAAAUUCAUGGGCGAAUAGGAGGGGGGGGGAGGGUCGACUGUAUACAUUUUCUUGAAAUCUUGUAUUUGUGAUCAUACAGUUUCCUUAGGGAACAGUGUUUUGUGCCUCAUGUAUUGCUAUAAACACUGUGUGCUUUUGUUGUCUUGUGUCGAGACUUUACAAGACUCCACGACUCUUCUGUAGCGUCUCCAGUUUAAGCUGUUGGGCUAUAAUCUGCUUCACAGAGGUACUCACGAGUCCAACUACUGGCCAUUUAGCUUGACCGCUUACCAAGCCCACUAGGGCAGGCUCCCAUCGCCAUUAAGGUUACUGCAAUCACGCACAACAGUACGGGGCGGAUCUGUUCGUUUUAUUCUCACCUUCGGUUUAGCCAUGUUUUCUAUGGGCAACUAGAGAAAAGGUCAGAUAGUUCAAAAUAGUAAGACGCUUCCCCGUGUAAGGAGGGAGGGGACUCGUUCUCUCAUGUUUUACGGCAAGCGUGCGUGCCCUGCAAUCCUGAUUAGUAGUACAUGUGACACCUCGCCCUAAUAUUGAUUUAUUCUGGCGUAUACUUAGCCUCGGUUUUGAAGAAGGAGACACGAUCGUUUGGACGAGAGCUUUAUUAGCCCGACAUUUCUGAUUCCUGCUCGAACCCAUCCUCAGAGACAACGGCAAAUACGGGUGGUUCAUGCACAAGGGGCUGCAGUAUUUAUAGGAGGCAGUCGCCAUGCUACCACAUAUCUAUGAAUAUUCACGACUCCCCCCUUCACCAGAGAUCGUUGCACGUGCUCGACCACCUGACGCACUGACCCUGGUGUUUGGAAAUGUGUCCACCUGUGCGCUCCCCACGUGGCCAAUUACUCCGCCUAGGCGAAGUCGCAGCACUGAGUAUGGAAUGGGAAGAUCACUGCACUUGUCAAUGGACUGGGGCCCACUGAACCAUGACUCAAGCAGCUCCCGGCUCACACGGUUGUCACCUCUCGCGAGAAUUUUGGCCUCGUCGAAUUUGAAUGUGUGGCCGGAACCCGUCGAAUGAGCCGCCUUGGUCGAUAGUCUACCAGCUGAGGAUGAUAUGGCCAAAAACUCAGAAUUAGUUCAAGUUUGUUGACCUGGUGAUUUCAAAGUCCUGAAGGCCGGAGUUCAGGACUUCUUUGUAAUUGUUUCUGUACUCAGUUGGGUUUUUUCUCAACUUCUGCUGUUUUGUUUUUUUUUCAGCCGUCUUGCUAAGCUCACCGUGGCGGGACGUGCCGUUGCGAAACACGCCGUACGGGACAGUACCAGGGCUUGGUGGGGCGAGUGUUCCGGAAGUGAGUGUUCCCUCAGUCCCGCCCCCCCCCUUUCCCGUCCCCCCUUCUGGUGAAGCUGGUCCUCUUGAGGAUUUGGCAUCCAUUCAGGCCUUGUCUUGUUCAGACUUACCUUUGAAUUAAUUGAAUGCUCGUAUUUCCUGUGGUUGACUGGUUUCCGGGAAGCGCUGAGCGUGUCCUUAACGACAGUGACAGUGUCCAUCGCGCGCCCUACGGGUGUGUGCAGCACCAGUAAGUUGCGGACAGACUUGCGAUGUACAGUUAGUGGGGCAGACUUGCGAUGUAUAUACCUCACGCGCGCGCUCACUCGCCUUGCUUUGGUGGAAGGACUCUUCCAGGGCAACCGAAAGUGGCCGUGGAUACAGUGUCCGAGGAAUCUGAACAGACUGUCUACACGUGCCACACACAUGACCUAUUCCUUACGUCCACUGGGCCGCUAUGGGGGCGGCUCGUAUCAUGAAGACCGGGAUGGGAGAGAGAGAGAGAGAGCCAUUACGUCGUGACUGUCAGUCCUGGGGAGGUCCGAGUUAUCCUGUCGGUUGGAAACCUUCUACGUCGCAACUGCUGGCACCUCGUGACGGAUUCAAGCACGCCAUAUUGUGAGGGACGCGCUGAUGUGCCGUGGGGAUGGAAUCCCCGGUCCUGAUCUCAAUCUUUUCUCUCCUAUGCACCAGUCGACUCUCUGAGCCUGCCAACCAACGAGUGAAGGAAUUAGGCCGAGUGGCCGACACAGUGUGAAGGCCUAAGUCUAAGCCCUGUCACAUGCAUAGGUGGCAGCUGCCAGAUAAACGCGUGGUGUGAACCGGUCUGACUCCUUGUGGCCCGACGCAUCUCUAACGCAGGUCGUUGUUGGAGAAAGAGAAUGUAAGAUAGGGCCUCACCAAGGACACCAGCACCACGGGUAUUUCUAGCCUUAAAUCGCUGCGCACACCAGUCUCGAAUUUUCACGGAAGUCCCUGGGAUGCUUUGGUGGCAAAAGUUUUGUUCGCAAGAGAGCAUUUGCUGACUGUUUUUUCCCGUUAAAUCUGCUUUUGGGGGUCUCAUCGCCGGCCUUUGGCUCCUUCUGCUCCAACCUUAUUCGCCUUCAAUUUCGUAACUGAAUGCUCUGUCCCCUUGUAGCCGAGGAGGAGAAGAAUGCAAGAGGUGAAGUCCUGCUAGAGCGUGUGCUUGAUGAGGCGCUUUGGAUCAACAUUCACGGUCUGCCGGUGAGUGUGCGAACAUUGUGAGAUGUUUCCGACCAGUUUCGUGACUUCGAAACGAGUCGGGGUGUUGUCAGUAGUAUGUUCUAGGAUUCUUUAAAGUCUCCUAAGAUCACAGAGUACUAUCAACAACUCAAAACAGAGCGAACGAAAUGGGCGUUUCUGAUUUUUUGCCGUCUGUUUGGUCGCAGGUCCAUUAUCGCAAUACGUCUUUGGUUUGUGACCCAAUUACACUAAUUUUGUCUGGUGUUCUUUUGACUCGGUUUGUGUAAGCUCUUUGAUUCCAGACCCUCUAGUGAAAUUAUCCCGCUUCUCCCGCCAGCUGGUAUGGCCAUCUUAGUGAUUCAUGAAUUUAACUGGAUUUCAUUCAGCCAGAUGGUUUCUACCAGUUAAUGCUCGUGGAUGCGUGUAGAAGCGGAACUUCCGUCUUGUACAGCCCAAGGAUAGGGUUGGUUAUCUCGAUGAGAGGGACAUCGUCUGCAAGCUCCCAUGCGAUGCCUGUGAUGUCUUGUAUUGUGGCCAAACGGGAAAGUCCACCUCUGCACGCAUCCACGAGCAUAAUCUGGCAGUUAGAUGUAACUAUUUGUCUCAAGUGGCCACGUAUACCCUAGGUAUCGCGUACACCUUCGUCCGGGAUAAAACUGGCAUCAUCGGUGUCUGUCCUGUUAAAAAGGUCGGGUUUCCCGACACCGUGCAUUCAGAUCGGAACGCUGAGUCACAUGUCGUAUACAGAAAUUUCGAGGACAAAUGGAGGAGACAAAAACCGAGUAAUACAGAAUGACGUACGGGAAAGCCGCUUACUGGCCUAAACACCGAACAAGCAUCGAUUUUUUAAGCACGUUUAAAAUUUUUAUUGUUUUUUUCUCAACGUCUGACAACGACUUGUGGAACCUGCGUCGGAAGUUUACCCAAUCAAGUUUUUUUGCUUCUCUCAAAGGACGUAUUCGACUUCAGAUUACGUUUCUCUGGAUACCUGCCUGCAGAAUCAUAUAUAUAUGUAUGACUGGCUGACGACGGCUAAUAAGCCGGAAAUGGCCAUUCCAGUCUCCAUUGUCUUGUCGGUAAUGCCAUUCUGCCUUUAUCAUGCGCCACUGUGCGGCUGCUGGUUGGGCUCGAGAGAGAGAGCCCGUAAGGCACAACGGAACGAGUGAGUCCCGUAAGAACUAUCGGUGAGCGCCCCCCUACCAUUCUCUGUCACUGCAAAUUGGGAAUGGCAGGUGGCGAUGCACUGAGGAACUUGAGUUCGAUUAAGUCCUUAUGACCUAUCUGGUAGACCCUAAUGGUGGACCAGCUGCGCCAAGUGUGUGUUAGCAUGUUAGUGGUCAGGAUUAUUAUUAGUUGAAUGAAGGCAAACAAGCUUGAUACAGUUCUGCAUCACUCUAACCUCCCCCCCUCCCCCCCCCCAGACUCCGUCGUCUCCCUCUGCUAUCAUAGCUUGACCGACUUCGCCCUGUUAGGUGAUUGCCUGUUCGUGGCCCCUAUCACCUAUACGAAGCUUGCUUGCUUCGGAAAGCCAAUUGAUCGGUGUGCGUCCAAUUCUAAGUGAAUUUAUAUGUAGGUGUGGGUAUUGAAAGAUUGGCUUUCUAAGAAGGUCAAUCUGGAAGAAAUAAGUCCCUUGGGAAACGUAACGAACUUUAUUCCGCAUAUUUUUAACACUGGUUCCCCGUUUCCUUUUCAGAUAUGUGGAAAAUGUGCACAACUACUGCCGUACAAAAGUAUGCCACUUGUAGUACAGCAUUCUCGAAGGAUAGUCACCACGCAUUGAUUCCGGAUAGUUGUCGGUCAAAUAUUUUCUAAGAUUUCGGACCCGGUCCUAAAAAGCUGUAUCCCGGGAAAUUAACUCCACGUUAUUUGGUUGAUGAUUUUCAGAAUUAUUAAAUAAACAUUUAUAUGUAUAUAUAUGACCCCAUUAUUGGAACUUGCCAAUCCCUUUCUUCCUUCCGCAGGGCGAACUGCCCGCCUUGGAGGUCCGCACGGGUCAGGGCUAUGGUCUACGUUGCCUGGUUGAGCCCCUGUCUUUUCGUGGCUUUCUGGAGCCCUACUUUGCUGAGGGGUGGAUGAACAAGUUCAGGCACUAGGAUCCCCCUGUCUCUUUUUUUUACCAUCUAGCGUUUUGUGAUAGAGGCUCCAUCGCCUCCUGCUGUCUGUCUUUCCAUGAAAUCCCCUUUGAGCUUGUCUGGCAUCCUCUGCCUUAUCUUACGUCUUUUAACGCGCCACAAAAACUGUUUUCUCCCUCCCGAGUGAUCUGGCCCUCGUGUCGGUUCCCUAUCUCAAAACUUCUUUUUUAUAUCAAUAAUGCAAUUAUAUUCUCUCCCUCUAAGGGGAAUUUUGUGCAUCGAUCCGCAAUCUUGAGCAUGCAAGACAGCAGAAUGGAUGGUACAAGUAUCAUGCCUCAGAAAUUUAAACCGGACACUUUUUAAAAAGAUCCAUAACCGGCGGUCACAUAUCCUAGCCUACAGAACGAACGGCAAUUUGCUUCCAUCCUCGUGAAAUACCGACUGGAAUCCAUAAGUAUGCCUCCCACCAGAAGAGAUUAUUAAUGGUGUUCCAGAUAGUAUAUCCUCACUGUUCUUCGGACACUCGUGUCCAAGGAAACCUUCCAGUCUCUCCGACGUAAUUGUACUGCCAGCAACUGCAUUAAAUCCGGUCAACGACUCCAGGCAUUUCUCGCCGUGGCCUCACUGCUUGGCGCCUUACGGUUGUUUCCGGUCUGUGCGCAACCCCGACCGCUAGUAGCACGAGAAGGCGGCGGACGUCUUCGCGACCUUGUUGGCGUACAGGAGCUUAGAGCAAGUGCAGUCUGCUCUCCUGUUUCGUUUGCGCGCUCGUCGGCUUCAUUUGACGAGGAAGCUUGCAACACCAGUAGAUUCUAUGGCGAGUUCACUGAGAACUGCUCGUCAGAGCACAGAUCGUGAGCGAUACAGGGCAGCAAAAGCCAGAGUCUGACAGGAGAGGAGUAUUUCGGCAACACGUCCGGCUCAUCUGGCGACCGACACAGCUUGCCGCCCCAACUUGCCGGCGGCAGUAUGGGCUGGCGCAACCCCGAAUUUCUGUUGCACCACAACAGGUUCAUGUGGUGCCAACGGGCUUAUGCAGAAUCGACGUUGUUUUGCAGGGAACUGUCAGGGCUCAUCGCACGACCGACUUUGUUUACGUCAAGUCCUCAGCGGAAGUAGUGGUGGGUGCAGAUCUGCUCCUGUUGCGCCAGAGCAGACCCAUGUGUGGCAACUGGCGUGUGAGGAACCAGUCUUCUUUUGUAGAAAACCGCCAGAGUGGUCUGGCGACCAGCACUGUUUGCUAUAUUUAAGGAAAGCGCCGACUGGCACAGCCCUGAGCGUCUAUUGCGCCAUCACAAGUAGUACACAUUGUCGUGCAAAUGCGCUCACGGCAGCCCACCGCUGUUGCCUUAUCCUCUGACGGGGGGCAUGUGUGUGUGGGUGUGCCUCCUAAAAAGGCAACGUAGUAGAUGCGCUGGACCAACAAUAGAGCCAUAUCGGAUUCUAGCAGGUGUUAUCGGAUUGCGCGCCGUAGCAAAUGCCAACAUUUCGGAAUGCGGUGGCAGACCCGGUUGUCGGCAGACGGCACGCACAUUGGGACCCUUGCCGCUCCGUCACUGUUGUUGCUGGUCGAAGGCCUGGUUAUUUGCUGUGUGGACCAGGGGGCGUGGAGCGGAGUGUCAAGAUGCGGGCUCGACCGGGCAAUUCAACUGCGAUCUCCUCCGCCUCCGGUUUCUUGACUCUCUCUUGACACCGGGUCCAGGUGGGGGAGGAGGGAGUGUGGUAGAUGCUGUGCAAGUCUACCACCACUACAAACUAAUUCACGCACAGGUCGCCGCCCCUGUGCAGUACAUGUGGACAUCUUCGGCAACGACGGUCGAACUCUCGUGUGCAUAACGAAAAUACGUUGUGCUGACGUAGGGUUGGAGGUGGCUGUGGGCUUUGGGGGAAUCGUUGUUUUUGCCUGUUCGAGAGGAGCGCGUUGGUUUUGACGUAUCCUCGAUGGAAUCGACCACUACUCAUGAGGGAUGUGUGCGCUCGUCUGUACUGAUUAAAGGAUGAAGUGGGUGUAUCCGUCUCGCACCGAAAUUGGGGGUAUGCAGCUUACGAAGGCGAUAGCAUGACGACUAGCAAUCCGUCAAAGAUAUUGUAAUUCAGCAACUUUGUCCUCCAUUUCACUGCGGUGCUUCUCACCGCGCCGGUAUAGCGUUCUUACGCAACUGCGUUUAUGACUGAUCGGAUAGUUGCUGUUCAAGUUCAGUAUUUGUGUCGUAUUUGUCGCUUUCCUGAACACUUUGGUUUUUUAGGCCACCACAAUCUUUGCCGCAGGCCAGCUGGUUAUUUUCUUCCUCCAUCAUUGUAAACUGAAUGUCUCGGAAGAAGACGUUGAGAUGUUCUUUCACUGUCAGCGCCUGAUCCCGAUCGAUGACGACGGUCCUACAACGGUUGGAGUCGCUGGUUUUCCGACACCACAGACCGAAAUGCUGGGCUCGAAUAUGGGUGAAACCUUUGUCGUCAUCGAUCGGGAUCAGGUGCCGGCAUUCAAAGAAAAUCUGAACGUCGUCUUCCGGGACAUACAAUUUACGAUGGAGGAGGAAGAAAACAACCAGCUGGCCUUCCUGGAUGUCCUCGCCUGCCGCAAAGAUUAUGGUGGCCUAAAGACUAAAGUGUUCAGUAAAGCGACAAAUACGACGCAAAUGCUUCUACCAGAAGAUGAUUACGUUUUGAAAUGGGACCCCACUUACGGGGGGUCGCCCAACAAUGAGCCAUCACUAACCUAG